GAGCGGCCUCCUUGAGGGUGACGGAGGGGACGGGAGGCUGGGAGCGGGGUUCUUGGGGCUGGUGGGACCCGCCGCUCGGGAGAUUUCCUCUGUGUGUAGCCCAAAGCAGGGGUUGUCCUGGUGAUCUGACAGCGUUUAUAAGAGAACUGCGAAGAUGGUGAAUGUGCUGAAAGGUGUUCUGAUCGAAUGUGACCCAGCAAUGAAGCAGUUUCUGCUCUACUUGGAUGAGUCAAAUGCAUUGGGAAAGAAGUUCAUCAUACAAGACCUGGAUGAAACUCAUGUCUUUGUAUUAGCCGAGCUGGUUAACUUCCUUCAGGAGAGAGUGGGCGAGCUAAUGGACCAGAACUCCUUUCCUAUUACUCAGAAGUAAAAAGAUCAGAGAAAUGAGAUUAUUGCAGGUUUUGGAAUAGCAAAUUUCAAUAGCUUAGGUUGUUUCUGUUACUAUGUCCUACAUUGUAGUGGCUACUCUAGAAAAUGGAUCAUUUUCAUAGACAAAAUACUCUUUAAUUGGAUUUUGUUUCUCAUUUUGAAAUAAUAUUAUCUUUAAUAAAGUCCUUAAAAUGAUAGACUUGA